AUGCUCCGCGCAGGUGACAGUUGUUCUCUGGAGCUGAGACCCUCCAGAGUGGUGGUGGGGUAUGGAGAGCCGGUGUCGGUCAGCUGUGUGGCCUCCCGCCCGGUGCGCGUGCUGGGCUGGGAGUCGGCCAUCAGUGCAUCGCACACGCAGCACGACCUCUCCGUCCAGUGGAAAGUGGAUAGUCUGAUCGACUGGAUUGAAGAACCGAUCUGUUACGGUGUUUUUUUCACUGCGCCCAGACAGUGCGAGGAGAAACUCAACCUCAUUUUAUACAAGGUUCCCGAUGGUGUCUCCAUCAGUUUAGUGAACCACACGAGUCCUAUGGUGGAAGGCAGAGAAUAUCAGCUGCAGUGUGAAGUGCAGAACAUUGCGCCUGUUCAGUACUUAACCCUUCGAUGGUACAGAGGACAGACAGAGGUUUACACUCACACCUUUUCUGACCUGUCACCCGCCACUCCAGUCGAAGUGUCCUCCACCCUCAUUAUUGUACCAAACAGGACAGACCAUGGAGGCCAGUACAAGUGUGUGGCAGAGCUGGAACUGGGAGCAGAAGGGCCUCAGCCGUCACCUAAAAUCUCAUCAGAUCCCCUCAACAUUACUAUACACUACCCUCCAUCCUUUCUCAAUCCAGAAGACGAGGUUUUGGAACUAACGGAAGGAGAGGAAAUCUCAUUAAACUGCACGGCGGUAGGAAACCCCCCUCCCUUGUAUACCUGGAGCUCUUCAGAUUUGACCAGGAAGGUCAUAGAACAGCCAGUCCUGACAUCUUCCUCCCUAAGUACAGGGAACUACAUUUGUACAGCCUCUAACCUGCUGGGUAAAAGGAGUAAGCAGUUCAUUAUCAAGGCCAUCCCUAGAGUGGGAGAGUUUCCUUGA